UGACGUCGUCCGGGGGCGUGACUUACGCCGGAAAUGCAGGUAGAUCUUUGAGUUGCGCUAUUAGAAUGUAGAGCAUCAGUUUCACACAAUAAUAAUAACAGACAGAUUUCAAGCAUGUCCCUCAACAGCAAUCACGCUGAGUCUGGAGGAGUUAUCAUCAACAACAGCGAAAGUGUCUUGAUGUCGUAUGAGAAUGUGGAGCUGGUGUUCAGUGACACAGAGCGCUUGCCAGAAGCCUUCAGAAAAAGCAAGAAGGGAAGCGUUUACCUGACACCUUACAGGGUGAUCUUCUGGACUAAAGGGAAGGACCCUCUGCAGUCGUUCAUGAUGCCGUUUUAUCUUAUGAAGGGCUGUGAGGUCAAACAGCCCGUACUCGGUGCCAACUACAUCAAGGGAACCAUCAGCGCCGAGCCCGGAGGCGGCUGGGAAGGAUCUGCAACCUUCAAGUUGAUUUUUGCCGCGGGAGGAGCGAUCGAGUUUGGACAGUACAUGCUACAGGUGGCGGCACAGGCAUCCAGAGGGCAGCCGGUGACUGUUAAUUACGGUUGUCCUUACAUGGCGAACGGGGCGUACGCUUACCCUCCUCCUCCGUCUGCUAACGGCAUGUAUUCGGCUGCGCCUCCUCCACCUGGAUACGCCUACCCUGGACCUCCACCUCCAGGUGGAUUUUACCCCACUGCUCCUGGCUUUGAUGGACCAGCUGCCUACAUGCCUCCUCCUCCGUAUACAGCUCCGACGGACCACGCUCCUCUCGACCCAGACCUGCCCAGAACCGCCGCAGCGGAGGCGAAAGCAGCCGAAGCUGCAGCCAGUUCCAGGGAGACUACGUUUGCUCCGUCACGAGUCUACCUGCCCGAGGACAAGCCUCCACCGUACUCUCCACCUGAAGACAAGAAGAACCAGUAGACGUGUCUGCAGCGAGCACACAUCCUCUCCUCUCUCUCUCUCCAUUCCCUUCAUCUCAUCCUCACUUCACCAGUUAACUCGACCUGACCAGAAGAGAGAGACACAUGAAUAAAACUACUUUAAUUAAUUCAUAACUGGUGAAUGAGAGGGACCAACUGCUAGCUGAUUGAGUUUUCUAAAUGUAAAAAAAAAA